GUCCCAGCAGAAUGCCAAGAUGAGCUCGAGGCCCGAGCGGAGACGACGGAGAAGGGGAAUCUCUGAGGGGUAUACACGGUCCAUCGCUUGGUGGCUCGAGUAUUGAUAGGUUGUGUUCACGAGUAGGAGCCGCUCAACAACCGGUGUUAUUGGCACAGCCGAUGCGCAAUGCGGCUCGCCCGCGCGCAAACCGCAAGCGCAUCGCGCUGGUAAGAUCCGGGAUACGUUGUGACCUCAGGGGACUCAAAGGAGCCCAAUGUGGCCUUAGACGACAAGGCGGUGAGGCUUCCGCACAACAUCAGCAAAUGGUCAAAUGUCGAAGUAUCGGGAGGUUCUCCACGUGGGAACGCACGAGCUUCAGAGGUACCGACCACUAGGUCCUAACGCGAGUUCCUCUACCCCGCGAAUCGUCUGGAGCAUCUAGCCGACCUCCCUCUCCCUGAAAAGGCAUUCGAGGGCAAUUGAAUCAACACCAUCAGGUGGAAAGUCGGAUUAGGUGCAUCAGGACGGUCAUGAUGACCUCGACACGGUGCUUGAGGUAGCGGAAGUUGAGUGCACUGCCUCAACAUACAGUCCUGAAGCUACAGCGACCAAAGUUGUC